AUGGCUCCCGGAAACCGAUAUCGCCUGCGGAAGCAACGUCACGCUGGCUGGCUGACCACGCCGGGAACGACGACCUCCUGGCUCCUCGUGCUCUUCUGCGUCCUCUUCUCGCUGCUGUUCUGUGCGCUCCCGGCGUCGGCAGCGGGAGCGGCAGCGGGGGCGGAGGACGAGCACUCGGUGCACCCCGGACCUGUCAUCGGCAUCGACCUAGGGACCACCUACUCCUGCGUCGGGAUCUACCGCAACGGCACGGCCGAGAUCAUACCGAACCGGUACGGCGACAGGACUACGCCGUCGUUCGUGGCGUUCACGCCCGACGGGCAAAGGCUGGUCGGUAUGCCGGCAAAGAACCAGGCUGCCGAGAACCCGGGGAAUACGGUCUUUGAUAUCAAACGGGUCCUCGGCCGGCCAUUCGACGACCCCUCGCUCCAGCGCGACACGGCGCAUUUCCCAUUCGUCCUGCGCAACCGCUCCGGCAAGCCGGUGGUCUCACUCGACCUCGGCCGCGGCCCCGGCGCGGAGGAUGUGUUCUUCACGCCCGAGCAGAUCUCGGCGCGCAUCCUGUCGGACCUCAAAGCCAGUGCCGAGGCGUAUCUCGGCGAGCGCGUGACGCAGGCGGUGAUCACGGUGCCUGCGUACUUCAAUGACGCACAGCGGAAGGCGACGAUGGAUGCUGGCGCGCUCGCGGGGCUCGAGGUGCUGCGCCUAGUUAAUGAGCCUACGGCGGCCGCUAUCGCCUACGGCAUCGAUGCUGAGUCCGAGAGGAAGAUCAUCGUCUAUGAUCUCGGCGGUGGGACCUUCGAUGUCAUUCUUUCCCCGCCAUCCAUCUACCCGUCUGCUCACACGGCUGGGGAUCGUAAUGGUGAUACCCAUCUCGGAGGAGAAGACUUCGAUAACCGCGUGAUCGAGCACUUCACCGAGCUCUGGAACACCCAGCAUCCCGGAAGCGACGUGUCCAAGGACCAGCGAGCCAUGUCGAAACUGAAGAGUGAAGUUGAGCGAGCGAAACGAGUGCUCUCGACCGAGAAGGUUGCCAGGCUCGAUAUCGCCUCGUUCCACGACAGCAAAGACUUCUCGGAAACCCUGACACGAGCUACGUUCGAAGAGUUGAACCGUGAGCUCUUCCGGAAGACGCUGAGCACCGUUGAAGCGGUACUCAAGGACGGAGGAAUCAGCAAGGGCGAGAUCUCAGAUGUGGUCCUCGUCGGUGGCUCGACUCGGAUUCCGAUGAUCCAGGAAAUGUUGGCGCUGCACUUCGGCAAGGAGAAGAUCCACAAGGAUAUCAACCCCGACGAAGCGGUCGCCCAGGGAGCUGCCAUCCAGGCGGGGAUCCUGGCAGGCGAGGGCGGUCUUGAACUUGUGGGGCUGAUCGAUAUCAAUCCCCUGUCCCUGGGCAUCGAGACGCAAGGCGGCGUCAUGACCACCUUCGUCAAGCGGUUCGCUGUGAUUCCGACGGUAAAGAGACAGGUCUUCUCGACGACUCAGGACAACCAGGAAACGGUCGAGAUCAAUGUCUUCGAAGGCGAACGAGCCAUGGUCUCCGCCAACAACCUCCUCGGCUCACUCCGGCUCACGGGAAUCCCCCUAGCCCGCCGGGGGGUCCCACAGAUCGAGGUGACCUUCGAGAUCGACGCCAACGGCGUGCUCACAGUGAGCGCUCGGGACCCGGCGACAGGAGCGUCACAAUCCGCGGAGAUCACGAACCAGGCGAACCGGCACUCGCCGGAGGAGAUGGAGCGCAUGCUCGCCGAUGCCGAGAACUACGCCGAGCAGGACAAGAUAUUUACGCAGUCGGCGGAGGCCAGAAUAAACUUCGAGGCGCAAACAUAUUCGGCACGGAGACUGGGCAGCGAUCUCGAGAAAGCACUGUCUGCGAGGGACCUGAGGUCACUACAGAAGGCGGCCGAUGAUGCGACUGAAUGGUUCAAGAAAACCGAUGCGCCGACAGCCGACGAAAUCAAUGCGAAAGCCAACGAGCUGGCGGAGACGGUAUCGUCGAUCGCCUCGAAGCUCCACGAGUCCGCUCGCCCCGUCCACAACGAGCUGUAA